CAGGAGUAGGGCAUUUGAAGUGCCACUUCAACUGAGCAAAUGGUUUGAAACUUUUUUCAUAAAAGGAAAAUAAUGGUUGAGAUAGAAACACGGAUCGGGCACAUUUGGGAGGUGUUUUUUGCUCUUCAAAUUGUUGCCAGACCUUUGGCCGAGUAUCGGUCAGCUAUGAACAACAUGGUUGGAAACUAUGAUUUGAUUCCCCCUUCAGCAUACGAACAGCCGGAAAUGGACGGUAAGCUUCUAAUGUUGGAGCAGCAGGUUCUUGAGUUGGAAGAAGACCUAAGAAGAACAAUGAGAGAUGUUUUAAAUUCUCCAGACCCCUCCAGAUAUAAAUGGACAGAAGAGAUUUUGGCUCUAAGAAAAGAGUUGAGGAGCCUUCGAAGGGACAUUAGGUCAGCACUGGGAAAUCAGAAAACAUCUUAUUCCUGGACAUUACCAGAAGAACAUAAAAAAGAGGUGGGGAAAUACUUAUCACGACGUCUAAUUUCUGCUCCUGAUCUCAAGAAGCUGGACCAGGAGGACCAUACUGACUUAUUAGAACACCUGUCAAAGUCUAGGAGUCAUAAUACAACUAUCAAUUUCAAGGACUUCACAAAAAUAAUACGUGAUUAUAAGGAUAAAGUUUCCAUCUACAAAAAAAAAUUAAGGAACACAUCUGAAGAGAAUGAAUAUGUUGACAGUGAUGAAGAUGAAGAUGGACAAUCACCACAGGAGAAUGAAUAUGUUGAUUGUGGUGAAGAUGAAGAUGGAAAAUCACAACAGGAGAAUGAAUAUGUUGACAGUGAUGAAGAUGAAGAUGGACAAUCACCACAGGAGAAUGAAUAUGUUGAUUGUGGUGAAGAUGAAGAUGGAAAAUCACAACAGGACACCGAAGAUUCGAGACCAGAUGUUCAGGAGCGCUCCAUCAACGGUGAUCUUGUUGGUUCUACAUCACAGGUUGCCAGAAUGAGAGAGCGAUUCACAUCAACGACCAACAGACUGCAGGUCAAUGAAGUUUUGAGACCAGCUAUUCAGCAAUGCCCCAUCAACGAUGAUCUUGCUGGUUCCACAUCACAGGUUUCCAGAAUGAGAGAGCGAUUCACAUCAAUGACCAACAGACAGCAGGUUGCCAGAAUGAGAGAGCGAUUCACAUCAACGACCAACAGACUGCAGGUCAAUGAAGUUUUGAGACCAGCUAUUCAGCAAUGCCCCAUCAACGAUGAUCUUGCUGGUUCCACAUCACAGGUUUCCAGAAUGAGAGAGCGAUUCACAUCAAUGAUCAACAGACAGCAGGACACCGAAGAUUUUAGACCAGAUGUUCAGCAGCGCUCCAUCAACGGUGAUCUUGUUGGUUCUACAUCACAGCAGAAUUUGCGAACAUCAUCCAAUUCUGAAGGUUCUGCAGAGUCAGCUCCAAAUGGGUCAAGCAGCCAGGCAUAAUAGAUUGCCAUAUGUAAGACAGUGGCUAAGAAUUUUGCCACUUGUUUUUUUAUCUUUUUUUUCUUUGAUUGUGAACAGUUCUAUUAUGAUAAAUCAAUCAAUCUCAGCUAAGUUAACUAGAUAUUGUAUAAAUUAAGUGAAGAUAUAGAAAAAAAAGUUCAGAUACUGCAAAACCUUCAAAAAGCAAAAGUCCUAUUCGACAGGGGCAUGGUGUGAGCAUUUUUACAUUCAGUGCCAGAAUUUCACAACGAAAAUGGCUACCAAAAAGUCAGUCGUAAUCAGAGGUUUAGUAAACCGAAUAUUUUCUGUAUUUGACCCUUUCUUUUGAAAGUUGAUGGAAAUAUCUGAAUGCCAUUGGUCAUUUUGACUGAUAGCAAUUCACACCCUCACCACUUGGGCCAGAACGGUGUUCUAAUUAGAUUUUUCAACCAGAUUUUCUACCGCUAAUGCAAACCCUUGCUGUAAAAGGAAACCCCUCAUUUUGUCAACUUCUGACCACCUCAUUUGGUAAACAUUUCCCAGAUUUUCAUAAUUUGAUUGAAGGGCUUGUAAUUCCAUUCUCCAUGGUGGUGGCAGAGCUCAGAUUCAGCCUUGAGAAUAACAUAAAAAGAGUAAUGAGAAGUUGUUUGAGGCAAACGUCCAAAACCUUUUGACAGCCUCUGCAGGAAUCCAACUUGAGACAUUUAACGCCUCUGAUCACGUCGGGUCACUUAUAUUCUACUGCUCUCAGGUUUCAGUUUAUCAUUCACACAGGUAAGGAGAAUUGUUUGCUCCCAGGGGAGAAAUAAACAGUUUCUGCAGAAACUGUUUUGUGUUUAACUUAACCUUUUUGGCAAAAAAGACAAUUAAUGUUUAUGUAAAAAAAGCAUGAAAUUAAAGUAUGAAUUUUUGCAAAAUUUUUAUUAAUAGGUCAUUCAGAAUACAGAGUUAAACCAAUUAAUUAUUAUUAGUAGAAGGAUUAGAACUGUAAUUUGCUUACUUGCCAGGGUUCUUGGUCUUUUACAGCCAGGGUUAGACUCCUUGACGGGCUGUUUAAUAUCCAGUUGUCAGCACCAGUUUAGUAAUUAGACCAGGGGUUGGUAACCCAAACUGUUUAAAGAGCCAAAUUGGACAAUAAAAACAAAUCUGUCUAGAGCUGCAAAUAUGUAAAAGUGUUAUAUAGGCCUUGUAUUGCAACACUGGCUGUAAGUGUAUUAGCCCACUAUAAAAAAUUACUAUCUGAGCUUUAAUAAACAAUAAACAUUCGUGAUUGAAUGCUUAUCCUUGAGCAAAUGUCACAUCAUGUGACUACUCUGCUGGACGACAUUUGGUGCUUUAAGUUUAAGAACGCUCUCACAACAUGGAGUUCACUGCUCACAGUUUCACAGCUGUUUCAUCUCCCUUCACCGUGCAGUUUGUAUGUAUUAGGUUUUGUUGCAUUGAUGAAAUUAUUGAAACACCAAAGAAAGUUCACAUACCUGCUUUAAAGUGCAACCUGUUCUACCUGUGGAUGGUUUUCUAUGCUUGCAACAAAACUAGGAGUAGAAGUAGAGUUCUGUUCUACUUCUUAAAUCUAUCUAUGCACUCCUCUGGAGUACUGCAAUCGCACUUUUCUCUCACUCUCCAUAUUUAGCAUGCGUUCCCUAGAAACACCUUUCUGAAUUACUCUUUUUAUUACUUGACAACUUUUCAUUACAAAGCAAACAUGCAGACAAUCCUUCUGCAUUGGUAAUGAAAGCCAGUGAUUUGGUCCCUUGUUGUUUGAAUCCUCUUUUCUCAUCAGCUACUGUAUCUUCCUUUUUUCCCCUUUGGGAUUAAUGGCCCAAGACACACCCGCCCUUUUGUAUACAACAGCCACUUCCUCGCACCAACCCCGGCUAAAAUGUGUGUUUUAGGCUAUGAGACAAAUCUUCAUUGACAGAAAUGUUUACUUUUAUGGUUUAAAUUAUACACAUUUUUACAGCAUUGGAAAACAUAAUUAAUGUUUGUUUUAACUCCUGCACUCCAUAUUGUUUCUCCACAAAGCAACAAAUAAAAAUUAUUAUUUAUUUUUUUUAUUCCAGGGAGCUGCAAGGGUGUUAUUAAAGAGCCACAUGCAGCUCUAGAGCUGUGGGUUGCUGACCUCUGAAUUAGGCUAGGUUGUCAGCAGAUGUAUUAAUCCCCAAACUUUCUCUGUUUAUUUGAAUUUUACUGAGAGAAGGGUGACUCUGACCUGAGUGAUAAAUUGAUUACUGCAUAAUAAACAAAAACUACUACAGCUUAAAAUAUUGAUGUUUUUAUUUUUUAAAAGCCAGGAUUUAAGCAAAUCUAACACCUAUGCACACAGUACACACUACUGGAAAAAUAAAGCACAAAGUAGAUAAAACAAAUAAUUUUGGAAAUAGGGUGAAAGGGGAUCUAAAAGUCCAUUCAAAGAAUUUUUCAGGGAAUGUCCAAGUUAAGCUAGAUGCAAUAAUGCAUUCAGUGAUGUCUGUUCAAAACAGCAGGAGGUAUAUGUAAAUAACAAUUAAUGCAGAGAUUUAAAUGCAAUUAAACAAUGUUGUUUCAUUCAACUUUCAAUGGGUAGUGAUGAUGGGUCACAAAUGCAUUAAAUAAUACAGUAUUGAUGCAAGAGUUUUAAGAACAAAGGGGAACGCCGUUUUUUUUUACAUUGGGCCCUUGAUUUUAUGUUAUUACAUCAUGUUCUACUCAUCCAUAUGAGUUUUAUGUCAUUUGGAGCUGUGCUGAAGAUAUUCGGAUGACGUCAUACACACUCCGCUUUGUUUAAAAAAAAUCUCAAUAUCAUAAAAAUAUAACCGCAGAUGUGUGGGGGAAAGUGAUUCAACUACAUGUUAUGAUGCUGGCAUACCGUAAAGAAUACAUUAUGAACAGUUUAGUUUGUGCCUUCAACUCGUUGCCCAUAGGAAGACGUUACUUGGAUAUAACCUAACGGAAUAUCUUCA